CCGCAUUUACCUAAGGAGUAAGUCGCAGUUAACAACUUUAGCAUCAUGAAAUUUUUAAUCGUCGUACUUGCUAUGUUCGCGAUGGUGGCAGCUUUUCCGGAAAGAGAACGUCGUAGUGUCUUGGGUGUACCUUUGGUUGGGCCCGCAACUGCAAUAAUUGGUCCAGCAGCUGUCCCAGCCGCUGUGGUUGGUCCUCAUGGUGGUGCUGUUGUAUCUGCAGUUGCACCCGGGGUAGUGGCAGCUCAUGUUCCUGUGGCUGGAGUAGUGGCUGCUGGACUUGCUCAUGGUGCCGUUGUCGGAUAAUCAUCGAGGGGAUACUAACCACAGUUGAACCUCACUGGAAUAAUUAUACGGACCUUGCGCGUCACUAUGUAUACAAUGGAAUACGAUGUCGUUCGACUUUCUCGAUGUUGAACUCUCUCGUUCACCUUCGUCACCAGACUACCUCACAUAUACCGAUGAUUUCCCUCGACAAUAUAAAAUGCCAAGCUUUUACGAUUCUUGUAAUUAUAAAAUGCUUCUAAUAAGAAAAUACUACGCUUUAUAAAAUAUCUCUUUAUUUUUCGAUAUAUCCAAAUUAUUUGAUAACUAAUACAGUAUGUAAUUCAAUAAUACCCUAUUGAUAUUUUUACUCAAUAAAAAUAA